AUGGGCGAAUUUGAAGACAGUUCUCCGCGGGGACAAAUCGACCCAGACGUACCGUGCAGCGAGAGACGCGUGGAAAAUAUCCGACCAUUUCGUCCUAAGACAACGUGCUCUACUACGUCCGACUACUUCGUCCAAAGUGAGGACGACGUGCUCUACUAUGUGGGAACGAGGCCUCUGAGGAGUGACCAGCAGCAAGAAGACGCGAUGCUGCGUCUAGUAGUACCCUCAACGAUGAUUCAAGAGGUACUACAGAACUGGCACGACUCGUUAGAAGGAGACCAUCAAGGGAUCGCCAGGACUUUCUACAGAGUGAAGUUGGAUUAUUACUGGAUCGGUCUAUACGCGGACGUGGCGAGGCACGUGCGGUCCUGUCCCGACUGUAGCUCAAGCAAAAGUCGACCAAAGAUCCGUGGGUACUCUCCCGGGAACAUACUAUCGGAACGACCGUUUCAGGUUGUUUUGAUGGAUUUUGUAAUACGCUUACCGAAGUCUCCGCGGGGUAACACAGCGCUCUUACUGUUCCAAUGCGCAUUUACAGGGUAUGGGAUGGGCAAGGCUAUGGCAGACACAACUGCUCUGAGAGUGGCUCAAGUUUUUGAAGAAUGUUCGGCGCACCCUCUCUCAUCAGACUGA